UACUUGGCAUUGAUUACGUAGUCCAACUCGAAUGGUGAACGUGUCCAACCACACAUCCAUCUCCCAAGCUUCGAUAACUCCACUCCACAAAGCCAAAUCAACACAAUGCGGUGGAUACAGCUUCUCGCAGCGUCUCUCCUGCCAUUCACGGCUCUGGCAGCCAAGAAGCCGGCAGCCGAUCGUUUCAGCGACUUUCACGCCAGAUCCUCCUCCGGCCCGGUGAAGCUCGACGACCCGACAUAUGCGCGAUUGACCAAAAGUCCAAGAGAUUACAGCGUUGCAGUACUGCUGACCGCUUUGGAGGCUCGGUUUGGAUGCCAGCUAUGUAGGGAAUUUCAGCCCGAAUGGGACUUGCUAGGAAAGAGUUGGGCCAAGGGUGACAGGAAGGGCGAGAGCAGGGUGCUGUUCGGUACUCUUGACUUCAUCGAUGGAAAAAACACCUUCCAAUCUUUGCAAUUGCAAACCGCUCCAGUUCUUCUUUAUUUCCCCCCCACCACUGGCCCCAAUGCCAAAGUCGAUGCGCAGCCCGUACGCUUCGAUUUCACUGCUGGGCCACAAUCCGCAGAAGUUAUCCACACCUGGAUUUCUCGCCAUCUCCCCGCCGAUACACCUAAGCCUGCCGUCAGCCGCCCGAUUAACUGGGUCAAGAUCAUCACCGUCACGACGGGUGUUCUUGGUGUCAUCACCUUUUUCGCAGUUGCUUCUCCCUACAUUCUUCCCAUCCUACAAAAUCGCAACCUCUGGGCCGCAUUCAGCCUGAUUGCCGUACUGCUCUUUACCAGUGGACACAUGUUCAACCACAUCCGUAAAGUGCCUUACGUAUCUGGUGAUGGAAAGGGGGGCAUCAACUACUUCGCCGGAGGUUUCAGCAACCAGUUCGGCCUCGAGUCUCAAAUCGUUGCGGCUAUCUAUGGUGUCCUUUCCUUCGCGACCAUCUCUCUGGCGCUCAAAGUACCCCGCAUCGCCAAUGCGCAAGCUCAGCAGGUCGCAGUCUUCGUAUGGAGCGGUCUGCUACUGUGCAUGUACAGCUUUCUCCUGAGCGUGUUCCGCACCAAGAAUGGAGGCUACCAAUUCUGGUUGCCUCCCUUUUAAGUGUAAUGAUCGACACAUCAAGGGACGACGAUGUACGGGUCUGGAUGUGACAGAACGUGACAUCAAUGUUGACUGAGCCUCUGAGAUUAGGCGUUCGAGACAAAAACGAGCAGAGGAGGGAUGAGGAUACGACUUGUAGUAUAGGGCAGUCAUUUUUGAUCUACAGUUCAAAAUCUAUCUGACGUUGAGUGAGGGCCGAACUAGACGCCGUCUUGCAAACGGUGCGGGUAAAAGUCAGUAAACGCCAGGCAGAUAUUAUUCAACAAACUACCUAACUGUGAGAGUGCAACCUUCCGUGAUAUCUUGAGCAACGUGGAUUGCAGCUGUCACCGCAGUCAGCUAGUCCCAACGUACGUCAUUAACAACUUCACAACGACUUGUCGCAGCAGAAUGCGGUCCAACUACAGUUCCAUAUGGGUGGCAACACGUCACUUUCAAACAUCGUCAUCAAAUACCAAUCUAUGGUAUCAGAUGAGAACUAAGAAAGUACGUACUUCGGCCGAGGAUGUGUUCAGAGUAUAAAGCCUUGGUAAACAACCAUCAUCCAUAACAGGCAUCGCGUGCAAGAACCUCGGAAUCCGUAACGACCGAACCAAACUCGAAGUGAAAUUUGAAGCCCAAUUUCUUCAAACAUCAUUAUGUGAAAAUAUAGAGUUCAUUUCAACUAAUCGAGAAGCAAACCUGUACAUCUAUAUGUUCUAUGUUGCAGUAUUUGCUACAACUACAGGUUGUAUAGCUCAGGAUCUUAUAUACUGCAUGCGGGCUUCAUUUAUUCCGCAUAGCACUGACGACAGAAGGUCACUCAAGAAAGAGCUGCACGAUGCAAUAAGACC